UAUUUAACAGAUCAUUGUUUUCUUAACGAGAGCACCAAAUUUAUAUUUUGUUUUAUUGUUUGCGCAAAAACACAAACAUAUAACACAGAUAAAUAACAGCUUAUUUCGUCUAAAUUGACGAGAAAAGAGUCUAUAUUUUGCAUGUAUCACAUUGUGACAUUGUAAUUGCAAAUUCAAAAUAAAUUAUAUCUUAUUUAUGAAGAGAUAAAAAGUAUAACAUAAAAAGAGAUCCGCGUGGAAAACAAAGAUAACAGUCUAAAAAUUUCUAUAGCAUUAAAUUUCAACUGCGUGUGUGUGUGUGUGUGUGAUUUCAUCAACGUGUUACAUAUGUGCUGAUUUUGCGCAUUUGAUAAACACUUUGACGUAAGAGUGCGGUAUUAGUUUAUAUCUGAUUGUGAUUCGUUAAUUUGUGAAAAUAUCAGAAAAUAUUGAAAGUAUACGAAAGAAGUGAAAGAAAAUUCGGAAAUCGAAAGCAAUAUGAGAAUGUAAUUGGCCAAGUUUGUUUUUAAUGUAAAAAAGAUAAGCCAGGAAGAUUAAAAUGAAUAUACGUGAGAAUAUUAAAAAGGCAACAUCACUUGAUUAUGUAGAUAAUAAUGCUACGUUCUUUCGACUGCCAGGACUAAGUCAAGCUGCAAAAGAUCGAAUGAUGAAUGAUAGAAAAGUGAAGAAACCAAAAAACAUACACUUAUUGGAAGACUCUGAUAAUGAUAGCGAAGUUAUUGAUAAUUUUAUGAAUAAUAAAGUUAAACCUACUUUUGAUAAACAUGCUAUUUCUGCUGCUAUUAAAGAGGUAAAUGGUGGUCGUGAUCUUUCAAAUGAACAUUGGGAAAAAUAUUACGAGAAAUGUCUUGAGGAUAUAAUUAAUUCUGAGAAAGAAAUAUGUCAGAAGACUUCUGAUCAUAAUAAUGUAACAGCAUGUUCUGGAAAUCAAUCUGAGGAUUUAAACGAUAUAUAUAUUAAACAGAAACAUAAAUUGUCUAGAAAUGCUGCAAUUAUGAGUCUCCUAAGGAAAAAACAAAUUUCGUUAGAAGACAUAAUUAUUCCAAGCAAAACUUCUACAAAAAAAGAUGAAUUGGAAGCUUUACGCGAAAUGACCGAUGGAUGUAUAAUGGACAAUGGUGAAUAUAAUGAUGAUGGUCAUGUGGAAUCGGUUCCUCUUUAUGAAGAUCCUGAUAUCUCUGUUCAUCCUUUACAGAUGGGAAUAAAUAAAAAAAAAUUCAAAGAUAUAGAUUUUACUGUAUCACGUAUUGGUAAGAAGAAAACAGAAACACCAAAAGAAUAUUUUCUUGAGGAAACUAGUGAUGAUUAUUUUAAUUUUGUAAAAAAGGGAAACAAUACAUUAUAAUAAUUAUAUCGCGUUUAUAUUAAAACAUAUGUAAUAUAAAGGCAAUACUGUCAUCUUCUUUUCAUUCAACAAUUCAAUGAAUGAUUGGGACUGAUAAUAAGUUAGAAUGUGUAUAUUUAUACAGACUCAUACCAUUAGGAUAUAAGCAUGCAAGAUUGUGAAGCUGUAAUAUAGAUAGUCUCAAAGAUAUAUUUAUCAAACUAAAACAAUAUAUAUCAAUAAAAAUAGAAGUACUUUGAGAAUGUAAUAUUAUUUUGAUAAUAUAAGUAUUAUAUAAUUAUUAUAUUAUCAAGAUCUUCAAGGAACACGUUACAUUGGAUUAUAAGAUACCGAAUAAAUGUUUUACACAC